AUGACGAAUGAUUUUCAGUGCUUGAGACAACAGAUUGUUAAAGAGCAUAAAGAAGGUCUCAAGAGGAGGUAUUAUAAUGCCACUGGAGAGGAAGUAAGUGAGGAGGUGAUUGAUAAGAUGAUUUUGGAAAGUGGACAGGUCAAAGUUUUUGAGGGGAAGGCUGAGCUGGCAAUGGAGAAUCUGCAGAAGCAUGAGGCCUUGAAGGACUUGCAGAGAAGCUUGACAGAACUCCAUCAAGUUUUCCUGGAUAUGGCAAUGAUGGUUGAAAAGCAAGGGGAACAAAUGGGUGAUAAUGAACAGAAUGUGGCUGAUACUGGAGCUUACAUUCAUGGUGGAACCAAUGCUCCUUUUUCUGCUAAGCAGAUGAAGCAGAGAAGAGGAAGAUGGGUUUGUUGUAUUGGGGCUUUGGUGUUGCUUGCGUUGCUGGUAUGCCUAAUUUCCAUCUUAGCUUCUUGA